AGAAAAAAAAAAAAAAAAAAAAAAGCAAAGCACCCGCCACCACUAGCUGAAAGGCCAUAUCUCUCUUGAGUGGCAUUGCCAUCAGUUUGAUUCGUCUUCCAUGAUCCGAGCUUUUGUUUGUGAAGUUGUCAUCUUGAAACAGACACCUGAAGAAAGGGAGAAGGGAGGGAGUGGAGAAAUAAUCAACCGGAGAUGAUGCGGUUGUAGGCUUAUCAAACUGCUCAGGCCUGGCCCCAACAAGGGAACCAACCCCAUUUCACAUGCCACUCGGAAAACCCAUCCCGACUUUUCCCUGGAGGGGUGAUUUGCAAUGCCUACCUUAGUAGCAGUGGUCAGCUUCACCAUGGCCAUGAUCAUCCUUCAGUCUCUGCCAAUCUCAUCUCAGCACGACUCAUGCUCAGCUCAGAUCGACCCGGCUCAGUCUCGACUCUUUCUUGAUCGGAUAGCAAAACCCCAACUACCAUGUAAUCCACCUCGCAUUCUUCUCCGUGCAAAGGGUGCUCACUACUCAUACUCAUACUCAUACCCAUACUCAUACUUUGAGCAUGUGAUGCAAUUGAAACAAACAUCGCCGACCGGGCCAGCAAAAGACACUGUGCAAAGAUUCUGAAGAACUACGGACCAGUCAGCUCAAAAGUGGAUCACCUCGCGCUUCCAUUUGGCUUCCACCACUGUCAGCGAGGAGCCUGAUCUACCAGAAUGCUGAUUGGCCCCAGCCGAGGAGAAGACUGCCGCUCCUCGAGCCUGGAGGUCCCGAGUCCUCUCUGCGUCUUGCCACCGUCGAUGCGAACGGCUUCGUCCCUUCUGCACACAGUGUACCGAGGACAGUACACAACGCUUUACAGGCAGGAGUACCAAGAAGAGCAGCACAUGUGAUAAGAGCUGACUGAGCUUUGUCUACGGUGCUGUGUUCAACAUGCUGCGAACGAUGGGCUGACUGCCGAUAAUAUCACCUCCCAACAAUUUCACUACUACGGUAUGAGUAUAUGUAAACUACCUACGCAUCCCAAGAUCAUCAGAUCAAUUUGAUCCAAUCCAGAAACUCCUACAGAGUAAAUUAAAUGAAGCCGAAAUGACCUGAGUCCGGAACUCCUCUAUACCGAAC